AUGGCUGACAGUAGAGGUGUGCGGUCCGCAGGCCAACGCGAAACGCCUGCUCCACAACUACCACUCUCCAAGACUACCGCGACACAAAUAGCGCGCACAUCACGCGCAAGAAGCUUGCGCAGUGCAAGUCGCGAAAUCACAGACUUUGUUCCUGUUGAGAAACCCACCCGUCGAUCCGCACGCCAGGCAAGCGUCACUUCCGUAACCGACGAGAAUGAGAGCGAGGAAAUCCAAGCGCGUCAGACAAGGCGCGAAGCCCUGAAAGAGGCGUUGGAAGACCUCACUGUCGUAGAAGAAAUGGAUGCCCAGCUAGCGCUCGACGAGAUUGAACCCCCAGGCACGCCUGAACACGCAACUCCAGAAAUCCCUAUGCCAUUCCGUUCCCCCGGUGCCAUAUCCGAAAUGUCCGGAACCACUGCGAUUUCUUCUUUCAGCAUGGUCGAGGCCGAAUUCUUAGAGUCCAGGUUCAUUGUAAAACACUUGCGCAAGCUUUGCGAUUCCGCGGACGAAUUCUUGGAACACAUUGCGCCCAGCGGUGCGACCAUGCCGGACGAUUUACGAAAUAUAAAAGAGAUGCAGAAGCCGGGCUCUGCCUAUUCUGAGGAGUACCUUGACUAUGAGAUAGAACUGAAUGUGCAUCUGAAGCACUUCAAGAGCGAAGAACACAGCUACAUCCAUGUCCGCGCGCUUCAUCGCGCUCUCUUCGGCACUGACGAGCAGACUGCCGCAUCGGAUGCCGGCCUUGAUCUGAUAUUAUAUCUGACGAACUUGCUCAUUUUUGCGAAACAAAUGAUUUAUUCUGACCGAGAUGACAAGACUAUGUGGGAUGUGCUACGACAGCUGGACAACACUUUCCCUGCACAAUUCAUGCGCUCACUAGACCCUAAUGCACAGCCGUCUGGUAAAGGCGAAAGCAGACUUUUUAGAGAGACAUUUCUGCUUGCACUGGAGCUGCGGACCCAACUAGCGAUAUUGGUGCUUCAAAAAUUGACCGACAGCCUCGACUUCGAUCCUGACGAAACAGUGAGCGAGAUCUUCUUCCGCUCAGAGUCAUCACAAGCUGUGGACGGCUCUUCAAUUCGUGGUUGGAACACUGCAGCAUUGGGAGGCGACGAGGCUCCACUACCCCAAGAACUUCAAGAUCAAGUUGCAGCGCGUUUGAACGAGAUCCGGCACUUCUUCCUAACGGACGAGGAUUCAUUGCAGCGUGGCGAGCUUGUCGAAUUGGAACGGCUGAGAGAGAAAUUUCCUUGGGAAGCAACGAUUCUUCGCUUGUUAGCGUGGGUGCGUCUGCGACGCAAGGAGCUGCUUGAUGCGAUUGAAGAUCUUGGUGGAGCAGUGGCAAUUGCGCGCGACAUUAAGAAGCUCCAUGAGGAGCCACAGCCUGUGAUUGAGCAAGCGAAUGGCCCGACAAUCCCACAAGAAUCGCCGCAGAGGAAGCGGACCUCAUUUGGACGAGAGAGGCGACGCAGCAGUCGCAAGUUUGAUCCCAACGCUGCUGUAGACUUUCGUGCGAUUGAUAUGCUCAAGGCCAGGGAACGUGACUCUGGAGUAGAUUUUGAAGUUAAUCCUUCUCGACAAGAACAGAGCAAAGAGCCGGUUCAACAAGUAGCGGAAGCAGAAGGAAAGGAAGGAGAAGAAGAGCCUCUGGUAGAACCCCCGCAACAAGAUGGUAUUCAGCCAGUAUUAGAAAACGACAAACCACAGCAGCAAACAGAAGAGGACCCACAGGAUCAGGCACAACCGGGGGAGGUUACUGAGGAAAGGGAAGAUCAAUCUGAAGAACCUGUCGCGUCUAAUCCACCACAAAGUUCAGCAGCUUUACUCAAACGCUUGAAAGCUGUGGGGAAACCUCAGAAGGAGAACCGCCCAGUAUCAAUAUUCGACCGGCAGGUUACUGCGCAGCGUGUCGAGUUUGGGGAUGGCUUCGACGAGACACAGCCUACGCCAGGACCUUCCAACACAAACAAAGCAAAGCCGCCUCCAGAAUCAUCAUCACGUAAACGCUCACGACCAAUGGACGACUCCGACUCUGACGAUGCGUUCGAAAGCGAAGACCGUGGUCUCCGCGUUCCAGAACGCCGGCGCAACGCUCCAAUGACCAAAAGAGUUCGUAUUGACCCUCCAUCCUCCGCUCCUCCACCAAGUCAUCAACCUCCAUCACGCCCAACCCGAUUAUCCCAACAACCACCAGAUCAAGCAGAGUCCGUCUCUGAGACUGAGGCUCCGGAGAUGACUGAAGAAAUCCCAUCCUCAAACUACCAGGCUCAACGUCAACUUGCUCAGGAGAACCAGCGGCUCCAGUCUCGCAGGUAUCGAAACGAGCGCAAGCCCCGCAAAGGAUGGUCCAACGAGGAGGAAGACGCCCUGUGUGAAUACAUGCGCAUGUAUCCAGGCAAGUACUCGAUGAUUCUCACAUACGACAAGAGCAACGGCAACUUCCUGGAAGGCCGGACACAAGUCAAUCUCAAGGACAAGGUCAGGAACAUGGCGCUCAACAUGAUCAAAUCUGGUACUGGACUCAGACCAGGCUUCGAGCACAUUGUGCAUCCAAAAGAGAAAUACGGCGCAGCCCUGGUAGAGAGCGGAUGGCUAAUGCGUGAUGAUGGUGAGUGGGUGCACCAGGAAGAUGCAUGA